CAACGAAAGCUCAUUCUUGCGCUUGGUCGUCGCACUUGACGCUAUCCUGCGCCACAGUCAGUCAGCGCAGGAGUGAACUUUCGAAGAUGGCGUCCCGUCUGUGUACUGUGUCAUUUUCGUCAAUGGGUAUUAUCACGAUUUCAAGCCUUUGCGUGCUUCUCAUCGUAGAAACUUCAGCUGUGCAUUAUGAUGUUCCCGGCGUUGCUGCUGCGGAGCUGUCACGUGAGGACAUUGUGUCGCUCCAUCGCGUCCGACGUGGCUCCGGCGCCAGUGAACCCACCAAGAAGCCGACGCUGGACUCUAAGAAAAUGCCAACCAAGGCACCCUCCGUAAAAACGCCAGAGCUAUCCAAGCACAAGGAGGUUCCUGUAGAGGAAGGCGUGGUGCCAGCCGCAGUUCCGACACAAGUCGCGGUGGCACCGCCAGCCGCGCCUGUUCCGCAGCCAGCACCACAGCAGCAUCUGGUGGGCAAUACUACGACUGAAGCCCCAGCGAUGCCCCCCAAUGUCGCUGUUACGGCCGCACCUGCCAACACCGAGGCGAGCAAUGUGUCGACACCGACUCAGGUGACACCGUUGGCAACAUCUUUCCUCAGCGAAGAAGAGCUGGAGAGCCUGGUUGAGUCGGGCAACGUGACGCUGCCUCCGGGGUACCAGAACCAGACGGAUCACCACGACUACUACAACACCACGUUCUACGCGGACCCAGCAACGGUGCGGAGCCUUUGGACCGACAUGGACUCACUGCCCAGUGAGCACGUCAUCACCCACGACAUGCUCUCUGUGUCACACCGACGGGCAGCUACUGUGAACCUGAGCUUCGACUUUCCCUUCUACGGUCACCCAGUGCGGAACAUCACCAUUGCCACAGGAGGCUUCCUCUUCACAGGCUACAUGCUGCACGUGUGGUUGGCUGCAACACAGUUCAUUGCACCCCUCAUGGCCAACUUCGAGACCAUCUCCAGCAAUGACUCAUCAGUCAAGUAUGUUGACAAUGGCACAUCCUUUGUGGUGGAGUGGCACCAGGUUGUAUUGCAGGACAAGCCCAAUGGAGGCAACUACACGUUCCAGGCAGUGCUGCACAAAAAUGGAGACAUCGUCUUCAUCUACAAAGAUCUGCCAAUGGCUGUGACCGAAAUUCCUGACCGGAGCCACCCUGUCAAAGUUGGAAUCUCAGAUGCCUACAUGUUUGACCGCAUGGUUUUCUUCGUCAAGCGGAAGACCAUCUACGAGUACCACCAGGUGAGCAAGAAGAGUGACAUCAUCCGCAGCAACACCGCCAUUGUGUUCACCGCCCUGCCAACAUGCCUGGGCCUGAAGACUUGCACGGAGUGCCGCUCAGCGCAGCUCUCAUUCAGCUGCUCUUGGUGCGAUGCAGUGCAGCGUUGCUCGAGUGGUGUUGACCGGCACCGUCAGAGCUGGCUGGAGAACCAAUGCGACCUUGAGGAAAAGAAGAAUGCCUCGCAGUGCACUGCUCCUCCACGCACCACUGUGUCACCACCGGCUGUACCAACAGCACCAAGCAGCUCGGCUACUUCAGCAGUGGCCAAUGCUUCCACCGCUGUUGCCAAUGCAACCAGCGAUGUACCAAAGGUGGUCCCCAUUCACACCAAUGAUGUGCACGGUGACGCAGCGGCACACAGUGCAGCGGCCAUGCCAUCAGAGGGCUCCUCAUCGUCGCAUGCUGUCAGCUCUGGCACGGUGGUCGCCGUCAUCAUGAUCCUUGUGCUCGUGGUUGCCGUCGGUGUGUGGUUGCUGUACGCCUACCGCAACCCCCAGACACCUGCCGGACAGCUCCUUAUCAAGUAUCGUCCGAGUCAGUGGAGGCUCCAUGGUGAAGCACGCUAUACGGCCGCCACAUCGGUCCAUAUCUGAGGAAGCUGGCCGGUGGCCAACGACUUUUGACAAGAAUGUCGUGCCCCUCGAGGAGCAGAGACGUGACAUCGAAACAAGGAGCCAGUUCUUGCCCAUGGGGCUCCACUGGCUUCGAGCACUGACUCAUCUGUUCAACUCUCCCCCUCCCCCUCUUCUAAUCACUUCCCUCUUGUUGUGCUUGGACUCCUCUGCGCAGCAGGAAAACAUGUAGCAGUGCAUCUUACUUUGGGCAGUCAGUUGAGGAAGACACUAGCAAUGGCCGUCUUCUCCAUUGAUCACCCGUUUUGGGGAUAUCCGCAGUUUUAUUGGGCAGCAUGAGCAGGCAAACAAAAGAAAGCUUUGGGCCUGCAUCCCUCUUUUCAGCGCUUUCAAGCCCUCUGAUGAGGCAGGCAACUGAAGUUUAUAGCGAACAAGUGUUUGUUGAUAUAGAGAUGGAAGUCCCUUUGUAGUGAUCCACGUUGAGUAUGGCUCAACACUUCAGGUGCUCAUUGUGGUGGGGCUGAUAGCAUCUGUCAUCCAGUGGCAACCUGUAGCUCGGCCAGAAAGGACUCGUCUGCUCUCUUGACUUUUCUCGCGUUAGAAGCUUGCACCGGAGACUCGAGAGACUUUCUGGUCUCGAAAGAAAUGCACAGUGUUGCUGUCACAAGGCCCAAUAGAUAAAUAAAUUUGUGCAUCAAUCGUCUUGAUGCUAGAAAUUAAGCCUAUUGCAGUAGGCUUGACGAGCCGAGCAGUCGUGCACAUCACUGGCAGCAGCAGCUAUUUAUUGCUUUGUUAUCACAGAUAGCACACUGCUUAUUGCACCCCUUCAUUUACACCUUGACGCACUCGGCGCUGUGUGUAGAAGAGGUUGGGGCCCCUACGCUCUUCAGCCAGUACCGAAUAUAGCACCCGUCCUCGACUGUAGAAGGAGGAGGAUAGCUCAGCCUGUCAUAAGAAGACAUUGCACUUCAAGAACAUUGCUCAAUGUUUUAUAACCUGGUAGUGUCAGCUCAAAUGUCGAAGUACUAGACAACAAAAAUUGGGAGGAACUUCUUUUGCAAUGCUUUCCUGCAAAAAUCGCAGGGGAACACCAGUGCACAGUCGAGAGGCAGCGCUGUCUUCUACUCGUAAGCUUGGGGCCCGCUUUGAUUCAAGGCCACCUUUAUUCACGUGACGUUGAGUGCUUGCUAGUGUGCGAAGGAUAGGCAGACUUGUUGCUAGAACUGUCACAGUGCUGUUAUUGAGUCUGGCACAGUGCUACCGCCAGUUUAUCGUAAACGUCACUUUACACUGAUGCAAUGAGCUUAAUCGGCACACAUUGUGGGACCUUAAAUAGAUGCAACCAAUGCUGCAACGUUGGAAAGCUUAAUUUGUUCAGUCUACUGCUACAUUUACAUUCCAUUGUGGUCUGACAAAAAAAAGCUUCACCUCAGUGGUCAGUUAGCGUCCACUUGGACUGACCCGAGGGUUUGCAUGUGGGUGUUCCCUGUGUAUCGUGUAAGUCGGAUGACCAUUACAGAGAGACUUGACAAGGAUUUUCAUAUGUUUACGAAGGUCAAGAUGCAUGCUGCCACUGCUAGUGCCUUCAGUGAUUGCUCAGAGCUUUUUGCCCAUAAGCUUCUACACUUUACCGGGGCCGUCGUCAUAGCUACAUGUUUUGUCUUUGCAUUUUACUCUUAUUUCCCGGUUCUUGAUGCUUCCUUUGUGCAGCUGUUACUAGCAUGUAGUGAUAGCGAUGCAGGGAAUGGAGACUUGGGAAUUGCCACAGGCUCUGUUUCAUGCUAGAUUAGGUAAAUCGAGUCGCUGUUUGCAACAAUCGCUGACAGGCAGCAGAUGACACGAAUCAAAAAGCACAGUUACCUCAUGCUCUUUAUAUCAUGUGUUCAGCUUGGAGAAAGUGUCACAAUUCUGUGCUAGUUUAACAACUAGCGCUGCACUAGCACUGACUUCACUGGCACUUUGUAUCUGUUUUAUUAGUUGGGUACAGUAUGUACUACUGCAGUGCUGUGUAUAGCUUUAGUCACCACCAUGGUUCGUCGGCUUUUGCUGUGGUUCGAGCUGACACAGUGCACGUAACUUGGUUGUACCAUGCUGACACAUUGCAUGUAACUUGGUUGUACAGCACUGUCUGUAUACAACAUGCUGGUUUCUCGGAUGAUCCAAAUUUUGCAUGCAAGCUAACCUUACAUAGGUCAUUACUGCAGACAUAGCAACAUCCUGCCUUACAAAGAAAGCUGCUUCCAUAGCCCUGGACUGGUUGUGCUGGCAGUGCAGUCUUACCAAAUUGCAAGGUCAUCUUGCAGACAGAACGUUAUGUCUAUCACUGGCACAACAGUAGACUCUCAGUAAACGGAUAUAAAUGAAAUUGCUGCUUAAUUCGAACAACUGCUCCUACUAUGAUUGGUUUUGUACCUGAAUAAUGCAACCCUGUUCAUCUUUCAGUAAAUGGAACUACUGUUAAAUGGAGCAUAUUUCUUGGUCCCUUCAGGUUCCAUUUAACGAGAGUCUACUGUAUAUUGUAAAGUGCACAGCAGCACUGUCCAAAGGCAAUUUGGUGCUCAUUUUUGGAUAGAACUGACUUUGGUUUUUGGUUCAUCAUGUGAAUCCACUUUUAGUACACGUGCAGCUAUGAUAGCUGUGUUUCAAACAGGGCCAUAAGAUUGUUCCACUUCACAGUGCGUGUAAAUUAGAUUCCAAGACGCCACAGAUGAGUUUAAGAGAUGAGUCUGCCUUAUUCGCGAGGCAAGAUGUUGCUACGCUUCUGCUAGUAUGCCUGUGUGGAGGAACUCAAUUGUGCAGCUUCGAAAGUCACUAACUGCGAGUUCUUUACGGCCAGUUGUAUCCACAUAUCUGCAACGUUUUGGUGCUGCAGUAAGUGAGGGUGUGCUGAAUGACAAUCUCUUUCUUGCUUACAACCUCUUCUUCUUGCUACUCGGAUCUCACACGACAAAGUGCCUUUAUCAGCGUAGGUAGGCCAAAGCACAGCUUUCGCGACAUUGGUUGCGAAUGCUUGUUUCGUGCUGCCGUCACAGCUUCUCACCGCUUUACCAUGGAACAUAUGCACGCGUCACACUUUUCCUUUCCUUGGGCCUGUGCAUUUGAAGGUAGCGGGUUUUGCACUUUUCAGCUUGCUCUCUCCCUACAGGCUGGGGUUGCUGGUCAGGCUGAAUGUCGGCACUUCACACUUGAUUUUCCCAAGCCUAACUUGUCUCAUUUUCCACUUCCCCACAAUCUAAUACGAUUGAUAUCGGUGAGCAUGAUAAUCGAAGGACGACACAGCUGUGGUGACUCGUGGCCUCGAGCAGCUGCUGUGCGUGGUUCCAUUCUGGACAAACGCUGUGUUGAAAAAAAAUGGAAACAUUCACAAAAUGGACAGGAUUGAAGACAGCAGCGACUGGGAAGAAGGGUGUGACAUGAUGGUUUAGCUGGCAACUCGCUGAACGGUAUGUUCAUAAACUGCUAGCAGAACCGACUUCCUCUGUGUCUACCUGUCUCUGUCCGUUUUUAGCUGGGUUGAGUAUACCUCUGCUCUCUGCUUAUUUAGCAUUCUUCACCAUGCACUUACAUUCCUGAAAGUUUCUUCUAGGAAAGGCCUAGCAGUUUAGCUUCUGAGGUGUGUUCUCUGUUUUUUUACAUUUACACUAGCCCUAGCAACCUGGCUGAACAGUAUAUCCUGUUCUUUAUUUGCAACGGUUUUCUGUUGUCCUAGCUUGUCCUGCCAUAUUAAGGCGCUUUUGCUGUCAAUGACCUACAUUGGCCGUUAUUUUAUCUUUGAGGGGGAGUGUUCUAGCAUUCUGACAGUGCUCCUCGCGCAUUAUUUUACCUUGGUUAUUCCUGCUAGUUUUACGUCUGUGCUCUCUCUUUUUCUCUCUGUCCUAAUGUUACCUUCUUCGUUUUGACAAAGACAUUACUGGGCGUGUUUUUUAAGUAGUAUGUACAUAAGACGAUAUAUGUAGUUAAAGUAUCAUAGUUUAUAGUUAUGCUUAAAAUACAACUUGUUACCCUCUUCCCGCCCACAUUAUGUCUGUGAUGCUAGUUAUUGCGUAUUCCUGCUUUCUUUCCUUUUUUUUGCUGAUGGGAACAACAGAAAGACUGGACUUACAGAAGCAGGUUCAUUGCAUGAUCCAUUAAUCUGUUUCUGUUGCUAGGUGUCGCUUGGUAUUGAGCAGAUCCCUGUGUUGCUGGUAAAAGUUAGACACACGCAGCUUGAAGCACACCUGGAAAAGGUUCAAUUCUUGAGCUGUAAGCUAAAAAAUGAUGCUCAAACUCAGUCAAGUUUUCGUUUUUUGUGAGCCUAUGCAGCAAGUAAAAAAAAAGAAAAAAGGCUUGAAAGAAAGCCUCUGCUGAAUAUCGUUGAAUACCUCGCAUGAAGUCAUCGCAGGUUUCCAAAUCUGUCGAACCUACAACAUAAUGAAAUCAAUUCCUUGCAUGCACAGAUGCCUGCAACGGCCUAUCUGCGAGUAUUUCCAAAGCGUUUCUAGGGUUAACGCCGUCCUGUCUGUACGUGGAAGCCGGCCGCCACGUUGUGUAGCUGCCAGGUCUGAGAGCUAGGAUUGGUGGAUGCUGGCACCGUCGAGCAUUGAGGAGACAGGUUGGUUGAAUGGUCAGUGCAUGCACUGGCCUCAUUGCCACUGCUAGAUUGUUGACAUUUAUUUGUGCUUACAUUUGUACACUUGUGCAACAGUGCUCUUUGGAACAAGCGAAAUGAGGUGAACAUGGCUUCAUUAUUCCCCUACAGUUUUCGGUUUGUUCGAUUUAGGAUCUUGCUCCAAGCUUUAUAUGGUUGACUAGCUUCCGCACUACGGUCAUGAUCCAUUUUGCCACAGUGUGCUGUAGUGUAAGAGGGAGAGUUCAGUUUGCUGUAUAUUUUGAGAGCUGUUUGACGCGCAACUUCCCGCGGAAUAUUUCUAUGCGGAGACAUGGCCGUCUCUUCAAGUGUCAUUCAGUUUGCAUGGCCAGUGGGGGUGUGACAUAUUGGAUGCAGUUUUACUUUCCUGUCGUGUUGAAGGAUUGAAACGAACAUAGCAGAUAAAAGUUCAAACCUAACAGUCAUAGAUUGAGGUUCAGCCUACGCUUUGUCUGUGAAGCAGUCGAAGGGGUUCCCUCGUUGGUUAAAUGUGUUGCUACUAGGCCACUGCGUGCUCACGUCUCACCCUCCUAACGAAGCAUGUCGCAUCUCGUGCACCUAACUCAGCUUUACGAACAACGACCAGCGAGCCAGCUUCUGUCAAAUCUAUUUGCUCUUGUGGCAAGCACUAAAGUUUGCCGAGUGUGUUUGUACAGAGUUGGAAUGAUGGGAUUCAGGGCAGUCAUUAAUGCUGUUUGGAGCUGGCUAAGAAUAGCUUACCUGUACAUUGCUCUGUUUCGUAUGCCCCUUUUUCUUGUGUAACAGCAGUGUUGUGCACAGGCUCGUUCCAUGAUCGUUGUAUGGUAUGAAGGACGAAAUGAACAAUCAUUCAUGCAGUGUGUCUAAGUGUAGAAGGAAAGCAAUAGAACAAGGGGACAAGCGUGGCCGUGUGAACCGCUGUGUAGGUGGAACAUCGAUGUCGUUUACCAUUGCCUAAUCGAGAGACCUGGUUAAAAAUCGCAGCGCAUUGUGUUUCUGUCAGUUUCACAGUUGUGCCAGUACUUGCGUUGUAGAUAUUUGUUCAGUUCAGAACUCAAGCACGCUUGCAUGUGUCGAUAUACCCGAGCAUUCCUCCGCGUGUGACUUUUUUUUUCGUGUUGUAAACUUUCUCGCUUCCUACAUGUGUGGUUGGCUAGCAUUCGAGUGACCCGCAUACAGGGAAUAGCUUUGUUUUGUACAGUGGCGCCCGAGCCUUGUGAGGCAAGACCAGGUGGAAGUCCCCCGUGUGGUGAAUGGCGCUUUCCAGUGUGCAUCGCACGCUUCGCGGAAUGCAGUUCACUGUAGUUGGAUACAACUUAAGAAGUCCGGAGAGGCCCCACCCGAUUGACUGAAGUGCGAUGGCCAGUCACCUCUGUGACUGAAGAAAUAGUCCUGCUCGUGCGCUUAGCAACAUUCUCUGAAGGUAGGAGGGUCACCAACUGCUCGGCUUGUGACGUCAGCCUGGAGUGCGCACCAUUGGGGCAGGCUUGUGCGCAUCCGCCUGUGAGGAGGAAAUGCCGCAGACUUCUAAAGUUGUACCCGGCUAUAGGCUUGGCCUUGUAUGAGUGAAGGGACGAGAAACAGAGUUUCGUGCUUAUUGCAAGAAGUCAUGACUGUAGCGGUGCACGUUGUACAGGAAGAAAAAAAAAAAAACGUCAGUCAGUGUUGGAUCUGUAGCUGCAGAAUCUCAAAGGCGUUUCUUACGUUUUUCCUCUUUUUUUUAUUGCCAAUUGUUUUUUCAUGUUUAUGCAAGGAAUAUAUACCAAGUUUUGUAAUUAAGGUAGUAUGUCGGUGCGAUUUCACUCCUGCCUUGGUGCAGCUUGCAUCUCUUGCCUCAUUUCCUGCUCUCUUUUACAAUGUGUUUGUGUGAGAAGAAUCUUAACUUUGCAUUGUUUUAAUCUAUAAAACUGUGCUCUCCGCCACAAAGCAUGCUGUUUGGCUUGUAAACUGUUAUAAACGGUGUUACCCAACACUGUGCCUCCUUGAUUUCAAUCUACCUGAAGUCUGUUGCCCCCACAGUGAAAAAGUGUUUUCUUUUUUUUUUUUUUCCUUCCGAUUUCUCUGUGUCUGCAGAUACGUGUGUGAAGUAGGUCCCGACAUUGGCCAUGGGUGAAUGGGUCAUUGCGAGGUGUCGGGUGUGUCUGAUGAACAUCGUAGAUAUACUUCAGUGGACUGCUUGCAGUGUAGAAUUCGUGUUCUUUUAAUAUCUGCGGUAGUAGUCUCUGCUUGGAAAGCAAGUGCGUGGCACAUUUUUGCUCAGUCUUGGGAUCCUGGAGCCACAGCACAAGUCCCGGAGAACAUAUCAAUAUGCCAGAUUUGUUCUGUUACCUAUAUACAACAGGUUUCUUACCCGCCACGGUGGUCUAGUGGUCAUGGUGCUCGACUGCUGACCCGAAGGUUGCAGGAUCGAAUCCCGGCCGUGGCGGCCGCAUUUUCGAUGGAGGCAAAAAUGCUUGAGGCCCCUGUGCUUAGUGCACGUUAAAGAACCCCAGGUGGUCGAAAUUUCACGAGCCCUCCACUACGGCAUCCCUCGUAAUCAUAUCGUGGUUUUGGGAUGUUAAACCCCAGCAAUUAAUUAAAUCAACAGGUUUCUUUUUUCUUUCUUAGGUGGCUCGAAUAAUCAGUAUUUCAAUACCACUUGCCCUGUGUGGCAUGUGGUAUUGAAAUACUGAUUCAAGCAUUUUCCAUAACGUAAGACAGGCACUUCAUAUAAGCAUAGAAAAAAAGAAAAAUCGCCUCUCGCAACCUAUUCUGCCAUAUUUUAACACUUGUAAUUUUUCACACAUUUGCAUUCACAGUAGGGACACACAAGCCUUUGCAAGCAAAGCUCAAUUCCUUGCUUUAGUGGGGCAGUGCAUGAAAGCUUGCUGUUUCUUAGCUCGCUUCAUUGAAAUCAUUCCGACCCAUGGCCAAAGGCCUCACUUCGGGACCUAGUGAAUUUGUUUGUUUUGAUAGCUGCAUUAUAAAGGCUUUGCCCAGAGGUAGCCCCACUGUUUGUCACCUCGGCAGUAGCUAGCACACGAGAUAUUAACAUUCAGUGGAAGUCGCAACAGUCAUUGCGAGUACAUUUCACACUGUGUGUUGUGCUCUGGUGUUGUGUAAGUAUGCUACUGUUUAGGCAAGUAGGAUGUGCCUGUCAACAGGUGACAAUCAGUGACCCGGUUCCAAAGCUCUCCUUAUGAAGCUUACCCUGUGGCCCUUGCCCCUUUGUAACAAAUGUUGAAAAAGUUUGGCAAUUGCUAAAAAGUGUUUUUAUUUUAUACGUACAUAUAAAUAUAUAUAUAGAGAGAGGUCAUUUUUAAAAGUGUGUUCGUUACAGUUACAGAUUUUAUGCAAUGCAAGAUUUGGUAUAUACUGUGUGUUCGAGCCUCCCUCUGCAUUUUUUUGUAACGUUUGAGAUGUCGUUUUUUUAGUAUGAAUAAACGAAUGCUCUUUAAA